CAUCAAUUCCGUGUAAGCAACUCUGCGUCCCAACAAAAUUUUUGCAAAUUUCUCACUCACUAAUGACUAUACGUACAAUAUUUUAGUUUUCACAUUUCAAUUUUCUCCUCCAUUUUCCAAGAAAAUGGCAGUAUAUUGCCGGUUCUCCCUCUCGCCUGCCGGCCAGCUGCAUGGGGCGGUUGGAUUAGCGGGGUGGAACUCGAGACUUUUGCAAUAUGCUAAUGGAGAGUUAAUGGGAAAUAAGGUCAAGCUAAGCCUAGUUCAUCAUCAAAGAGCUAGCAGUAAGAGUAUUAAGCGGCAUGUUUCCAUGUCUCUCGCUACUAGCGUAGCUGGCGAGUCCAAGUUGAGGGACCUAGACAUGGAAAAGAGGGACCCAAGAACAGUUGUGGCUAUUAUUUUGGGAGGAGGAGCUGGUACUCGUCUUUUCCCUCUCACCAAGCGCCGAGCCAAACCUGCUGUGCCAAUUGGAGGUGCAUACAGGCUGAUAGAUGUACCAAUGAGCAACUGCAUCAACAGUGGAAUCAACAAAGUCUACAUUCUCACUCAGUUUAACUCAGCAUCACUUAACAGGCAUCUUGCUCGUGCUUAUAACUUCGGCAAUGGUAUCAAUUUUGGAGACGGCUGCGUUGAGGUUCUGGCAGCCACUCAAACUCCUGGUGAGGAAGGCAAAAGGUGGUUCCAGGGUACUGCAGAUGCGGUCAGACAGUUCCAUUGGCUUUUUGAGGAUGCAAGAAGCAAAGAGAUUGAGGAUGUGCUGAUAUUAUCUGGAGAUCACUUGUAUCGAAUGGAUUAUUUGGACUUUGUUCAGAAUCAUAGGCAGAGUGGUGCAGAUAUCACCGUUUCUUGUUUGCCAAUGGAUGACAGUCGAGCCUCAGAAUUUGGUCUCAUGAAGAUAGACAGCAAGGGGAGAGUCCUUUUCUUCAGUGAGAAACCUAAAGGGGAUGACAUAAGAGCGAUGGGAGUUGACACAACAGUGCUGGGGCUUUCAAAGGAUGAGGCGCAAAAGAAACCAUACAUUGCUUCAAUGGGAGUGUACGUCUUCAAGAAGGAGAUACUUCUGAAUCUUUUAAGAUGGCGUUUUCCGACUGCAAAUGACUUCGGAUCGGAGAUAAUCCCAGCCUCAGCAAAAGAAUUUUAUAUUAAGGCUUAUCUCUUUAAUGAUUAUUGGGAAGACAUAGGAACUAUCAGAUCCUUCUUUGAGGCAAACCUUGCCCUCACUGAGCAUCCGCCAAGGUUUAGUUUCUACGAUGCAGCAAAGCCAAUGUACACAUCCAGAAGAAAUCUGCCCCCAACAAAAAUUGAAAAUAGCAAGAUUAUUGACUCGAUCAUAUCUCAUGGAAGUUUCUUAACCAACUGCUUCAUAGAACAUAGCGUCGUCGGUAUCAGAUCUCGAAUAAACUCUAAUGUCCACUUAAAGGACACAGUGAUGCUUGGUGCUGACUUCUAUGAAACUGAUGUUGAAGUGGCAGCAUUGCUAUCUGAAGGAAGAGUACCCAUUGGAAUAGGAGAGAAUACAAGAAUCAGGGCAUGCAUCAUUGACAAAAAUGCCAGAAUCGGGAAGAACGUUGUGAUUGCUAACUCAGAGGGCGUACAAGAGGCUGAUAGACCUUCACAAGGCUUUUACAUUCGAUCUGGUGUUACCGUAAUCUUAAAAAAUUCAGUCAUUGAAGAUGGAUUUGUAAUAUAAUUGAUUUAUAUAUCCUUUCAUAUUUUUUUGUUGAUCAAGAUGGAAAUCAAGAAGAUGAGUAUGAGAAUGUGAACCCCAUAAAUAACAGCAGUUUUAGUGCAAGAAAGCCCAAGGGCAAUCAAGAUUUGCUUA